AUGCACAGCCUCACGGUGAAUGGCGUCUUUCAGGUCGCCAGUCAGUUCAACCUGCUCGAGUUCUCGUCGCCUGAAGUUUCACCGGAGCACGGGGUGCGUCACUACGCGCGUUAUCCGACCCAGGGGCCGGCGUGUGCCUUGGCGUGCAUGGGUGGCACUGCCUAUCGUAACUACCUCCUCCACCCCGACUUCUUUGGCGCCACGGAUGCGGCGCCUUUCACGGAAAAUGCUGAUGUGACCGACCGUGGACAGCGAACGGAUCGCCAGCUGAACAUGCUGGACGACCUUGUCGAGCACCUCACCCGUGAGCGCAGCAGUGGCGACGCUGCCUCUGCUGCGGAUGCCACCAAUUCCACUGCGUGCAGCGCGCCUGCUCUGCUGCGGGAAUACUUCUUCACGAUCCGCAACGGGUAUUUCUUUCAGAAACGGCAAAUUGCCUCAUUGCCCGCGCGAUUGCAUCGCAUCGCCGCCGCCGAGGGGAUCUCCGUGGCGGAUGUCGAGGAGGAGUUGGCGUCACGCCUCCGCAUUGGACUGGUGGAAGACGCCACCGUGACUCUGCCUCUGUACGACCCGCCUGUAUCUCGCGUUCCUGAGCAGCGCCAGCUCACCGAUCAAGCGGAGCGAAAAGUUAUGCGCAGAUUGAAUGCCAAUGUGGCUGCCGAGGUGGAGGUUCAUGAGGUGACUCAGACGUAUAACAGUGCCUUGAGCUUGCCCCCGAAGGGCCAUUGCACGCCGCUGGAGUGGAGCGGCAUCGCCACUCUCUCCCGCAUCAUCUUACGCGGCACGUACGAGGCCACGCUCCUGGUCGGCGUUCAGCACACCCUCCGUGAUUUGGAGCGGCAGGCCAGCUUGGCGGACACGUCUCCGCCAGCGACGCUGCCCUUCUCGCUACCGCCCAUCUUUCUCACCAAGGUGGGCGGUGGUGUCUUCAGCAACGACAGGGAGUGGAUUGCGUCGGGGAUCGCGUCGGCGGUGCACCGUGUGGCCGCGCUCAGCGUACCGCUCAACGUGCGACUCGUGCACUUUCGCGAGGUGGAUGGGUACUACAUGAAAUACUUUCCGUCGUGGCCCGUGCUGGACUAA